CUGUGCGCCCGGCUCCCAGCCGGGCGGGUUUCGUAAUCGCGUCGCGGCCGUUUCCGCCCUCAGCCGGCCGCACCUCUGCCGCUCCGCCCUCGGCUCCCCCACCGCGCCGAGGAGUGAGCCCGGGAACCCCACGCUGGCGGGCACCGAGCGGGAGCCCCCCACCAGCUGGCGCCGGACGCCUGGAUGCCGGAGCAGAGCAGGGUUCCAGGUCUGUGGAAGACAUAACCUUGUGCCUGCUUGCCCACCCCACUCUCCGACCUUGCUAGUCUCUCAGGGUCUGAGACACUGACCUUCUUCACUGCUCACCUUAAGGGCUCCGAGGACUCCACUUUCUCUAGACCUGUCUAGCUGAGUAAACCCAGGGUGUUGUUACACCUGAGGGGAGUGAGGAGUGGGCAGUCAAGGCACCAGAGCAAGAGCCCUCUGGGGCCUCAGGCAGAGGCGUGAAACUGGAACCAUCGGGGAACAUGAGUGAAUUUUGGCACAAACUGGGCUGCUGUGUGGUAGAGAAACCCCAGCCGAAGAAGAAGAGGAGACGGAUUGACCGGACCAUGAUUGGGGAACCAAUGAAUUUUGUCCACCUGACUCACAUUGGCUCUGGGGAGAUGGGUGCCGGAGAUGGACUUGGCAUGACAGGUGCAGUUCAGGAGCAGAUGAGAUCCAAGGGAAACCGAGACAGACCGUGGAGCAAUUCUAGGGGCUUGUAGCUCCAAUACGACUGGUUCUGCUGUGUGUCCAGCCUUCACCCUGUCCAGCCCAGAAGAGAUGCUGGCCCUACCAGUUUCCCUCCUAGAAUCAGUAACCCCAGGGCCCCUCUUUUCCCUAUCUGUCUAAUAGUGCCUCAAAUGGCUUGGGGGCUGGACUCCCUCUACUCCCUCUGGCUGUAGCCCCUCCUGGAGAUGGGGUCAAGGCAGCAGGACUGACCAAGUGACUACUGGUUGGCCAGAAGGAGCUCAGCUGAAGCCCUGGACACUAUCAGAUCUGAGAUAGGAGUUUUCUGGGAACUUGGAAUGAGUUCCCUUCUCCUGAAUGACGGUCUAGGUGCCAUAUGUUUUUAAACUGUUAACCUGGAACUCCUUAAAUGUGGUGGGUAGGUGAGAUUACCAAAGCUGAAGCCGGCUUUGCUAAGAAGCUCCCUACCUCCCUGCCCUUAUCUUUCGUCCUGGAAUGAACUGAAGCAGACGUCAAGCAGGGUCUGGGAGGGUGACCACUGGCUAGUCUACUUUUUCUCUUUAGAUCUCAGACUUGAAACUCAGUCCCUCAGUAUCUCUCUGCCGAUACCAGGGUCUUUCUCUAGGUAGGCCUCUAACCCUAUGUUUCUGUAGCAUUGCUGGCUCCCUAAGAUCUUUCCUUUUUUUUAAAAAUUAAUUAAAAAUUCAAUUUAAGAUGAGUUCUCUUAAUUACCCCCAUCCUGCUACUACCUCUAUCCUUAACCCCAUCCCUGUCAGGAGCCUUAUUGUUUCCCACUGGAUAAGAGUUAAGAGGUGGGUCUUAACCUGAAGUCUUGGGGAUCUGCCCUCUGCCCACCUCCCUGCUGGCCUAGAGAGCAGGAAGAGGGAUCUUGGAGAGAAACCCAGAAUGCAGCAAAACUAGGAGUUAUGUCUCAGGGUAGACUUACUGAUCACUGAGAAUGGGAGUGGUGGUGAAAUAAAUAGGUUGAAAACAAUCAUACUUGAGUGAUCUUAAGAUUCUCCGGCAUGAGAGCCGGAAGACCUCUAGAGCAAGUUUUCUCAAACUAGGCACUUUUGACAUUUUGGGCUGGAUAAUUCUUGGUAGUGAGGGACUGUCCUGUGCAUUAUAGGAUGUUUAGCAGCAUACCUGGCCCACCCUAGUUAUAACAACAAAAAAUGUCCCCACAUAUGGCCAAAUGUCUCUGAGGGGGCAAAAUCACUCCCAGUUGAGAGCCACUGCACUAUAGAGUCGAGAUAUUUUUCUCAGAUGAUUUCCACUUGUUCAUCCUAAGCCUGAGUCAUGGAUGAACUAGGGCCCUGUGUAAAGUAGGCUCAGUAAGGCUGCACAUAAUCUCCAAACACUUCUUUAUUUUGUGUUGCUUGUGCUUGCAUGGGUUCAUGUCUCUAUGAUGGACGUGUACUGUGCUUCUCCAUCCUUAUGCUCUCUGGAGGAGGGGUUCCUGCAGUGUGGAGACAUGAACAGGGUAUGGGGGCAUUGGGGAAGGGAGGGAGUGAAAAACAGUAGAGCCAUAGAUACCCCAGCUUAUCCUCCCCAAAUUUUAAGCUCUGUUUCUGUGCCCUAGUCCUAGAACCAGACACAAAUAAGACUCAGGGAGUUUUGUCUGAAGACCAGGUCCCACUGCCCACCUGGCUGAAGAGUCUGCUUUAGGUGGGAAAAUAAUGUAGGAGUAGGGUCUUUAGGCAUUUUCAGUUUUCUCAGGUGUUUUGUUCUGGCCCCUUCCUUGCAGGGUGAUUAGGAGGGCAGAACAGAUGAGCUCCUGCCUGCUCUGAGAUGAGAAGGCGGGGGUCUCAUUAGCUCAGUAACAGGAAGAAUCCUGUUUAGUGGUAGUGGGGGUCAGGAAUGUGAGAACUAAGAUCCACUCUGCUGAUUCCACCAUCCAUCCAGUUUGCCCCCACCUAUAGUGACUGAGGUUCUAAUUUCAGUGUAUUUCCUGCAGAUUUUUUUUUAGUGUUUAAGCUUGGUUAUAGAGAUACAUUCCCAAUGUACUCAAUUCCAGUCUAGCUAGUUGCUCUGAAAGUAGCUCAUCUUGUUGGCCUAAAGUAGCUGAAUAGCCUGAGGGUUAUACUAGAUCUAAAGGGUUAACAGGAUAGGGCAGAAAGAUGGGGGAACUCCUGGAAUCUCCGGUCACCCUGAUCUUGAGCCUUAUUGUAUUGCCUAUUCUUUUUUUUUUGGCCACGCCACGCGGCACGCGGGAUCUUAGUUCCCGGGCCAGGGAUGGAACCCACACCCCCUGCAGUGGAAGCAGGAGUCUCAACCACUGGACCGCCAGGGAAGUCCCUCUACUGCCUAUUCUUUAGACACAAUCUUUUCUUUGGUGCUCUCUCACCUUUAGCUACCUUCUCUAAUGUGUAUGCUACCAUCACUUUAACAAUAUUUAGAGUGAUGGGAAUGGGUUUGAGAGUCAUAAUUUAUAUUAAAAAUUGUUGGACUUUUAAAUACAUUUUCAAAUAAAAAAAGUUAAAGCAAAA